CAAUCGCUGCUAGUUAAUCAUAAAAAGGAGCAGCUCACGCCUUGUUGCUUGCAGUAACCAUAGCAGCAGUCACAAGCUUUCUUUUCCUCUGAAACUUAACUGAAGUCAAGGGGGAAACAAAUAAUCCCUAAAACUAGAGCCAAGAUUUAUCAUCUCUAGAAUUCCAGUUACUAAAAACAAGGCAGGACAGAGAGCCAGUAUGUAGCACUUGUGCAUCCAUUUCACAUGCAAAUGCAAUACUAGCUUUUAACAUCGACCAUCCCUUGAAAACUCAGGGAGUAUAAAUGUCUUAUAGAGUGUGUAACGGUUAUGUGAGUUUGCCCUCCCGGUAUGGAACAACUGGGAACUCUCAGUAUCAUGUUGACAGCGGCAGGAUAUCUCCUUGCUGGUCCUACAAAGAUCUUGGAAGCAGCAGACAUGGUUUGGAGUUAUCCAAAUCCCCCGUUUUAUCUGACCUAGAGAAAAAUAUUGAGACAGCGGUGAAUUUAGAAUCUAGCUUUCUGCCUGGGCAAUGGAAAGAUUACAGCAGGAGUUCAGUAAGUCCACAUCAUUCAGAGAGAGCGAGGUCUACAAGUCCAAUGCGGGGGAUCCACUCUCUAGAAUGUUCCAGAAUCCAGUCCACUCCUCCCAUUUCAAGAAGAAAUUCACUUUCCCGUCUACCAACUUCAUCUUCUGAGGAUUUCAGUCUUGAGCUGCCAUUGAGCCGCAGAGGGUGGAGUGGGUCAGAGUUGGAUCUAAAGGCAUCAUUGACUGAAAGUGCCCAAAAGCGGGCUGAUCUGGUGCAGAGACUGAAAGAUGCUCAGGUGAAGCUGGAGGGCCAAUCAGAGGAGCUGCGGCACCGGGAUAAGGAGCUGGAGUUCAGCAGAGCUAAAAUUGAAUUACUGGCAGUGAAGCAAAAGCAACUGGAAACAUCAAUAUCUCAGUUAGAGAAGGAAAAGGGUUGGUUAGAGGUGUCCCGCUAUGAGGAUAAGAGGCAACGUGGUGAACUGCAAGACCGGAUUAUUAAUCUAGAAAUGGAAGUGAUGAAGACCAAAUCUAACCUGGAAAAUCUUAACUACACCAGUGUACUAAAGUAUCAGAAGACUCCAAUGGACUUAAAGGAAAAUGAUGAACUAAGUCGAGAACUAAGAACUGCACGUGAGAAUCUACUCUACCUUCGAAAUCGAGUCAAAGUCCUGGACGCAGAGAAGACUCAAUCUGUUGAGGAACUAAGGAUAUUGAGAGAGGGGAGUCAGCAGGCCUUUAGCCAAACCAAUGAUGCAAACCAGAGGGUAACAGACACACUCCGGGCUCAAAAAGAUCUGCAAGAAGAGCUGGCAAAUCUGCAACUGAACCUAAACACUACCAGUCUGGAGAAGGAGCUCGUGUCCUCAAAGAUUAUGAGAUUGGAGGAAAAGGUUAAAGAUCUGAAUUUAAGGCUAAAUAUUGCACAUUCUGACAGGGAACGGGUUCUGCAGGACAAGGUGGAGCUGACUAGGCGAAAUCAGGAAUUGUCUCUCGAACUAGAACGGGCUCAGAGGGGUCAGGAGGGGUUUAAUGACCAGGUCAGUGACCUUCACAUUGAGCUGGUAGGAGCUAAAGCCCAGUCAAACCGUCAGGACCAGGAGAAGGUUCAGAUGAAGGAGGAGCUGGUGAUGCUGAAACAGGUGAAUGAGAAACUGACUGCUGAACUGGGACAGACACAGCAUACACUCCAGCGCACCCUGGAUGAACUGCAUCAGCUCCAGGCAGAACACAAGAUUUCAACCAACCUUACAGCUGCCUUGGAGGCAGAACGUUCCCAGCUCUUGGGUGAGAAAGAGCUGCUGAUGUCAACUGUGGAGGAACAUGGGGAGAGCCAGAGCAUCCAAGAGCUCAGAUCUUCUCAGGCGCAGUUAAUAGAAGAGAGGGAUAACCUACGUACCCAUUGCCAGAACCUGCAGGUUUCACUGGAACAAGCACAUGAACAGCUCGGCUCCCAGAUCCAGGAGCAGCAGCAGCUCACUCUGUAUUGGAAGGAAAGGUGGCAGCAGACUGCUGUUAAUUUAAAAAGCACAGAAGAACAACUGGAACAGGCAAAGGCUCUUUGCUCUAGUACAACAAAUAAGCACUCUGAGAUCCUCCAAGAUUAUGAACUCCUACAAACAGAUGCAGAGGAGCUGGCUGAACUCAGGAUGGCUAUCAGCAGCCUGAAGAAAGAAAACAGCCUUUUAAAAGAGCAGAUAAAGGAGCAGGAACAGAACAAGCAUCUGCAGUGUCUUCAGAGCCACAUCCAGGCUAAUGUGGACAGCCCAGAGGAUAUGAAUUCGAAACUUGGCAAGCUGUAUAAAGAAUUACAGCAGGCUCACGAAAGGUUAAAAUUCUUGGAGAGAGAAAGGUCUGAAAAAGAACUGGAAAUAAAAAAACUUAAGGCUGAGAGUGGAUCCAUACUUCGCAUUGAGCUAGAUGCCUGCAAACAACAGUUGGAAUUGGAGAGAAGUCGAACAGCGACUCUACAGGCCAAGAUUUCAGUCAUGGAUUCCAGAAACAAAAUGGAGGUUGCAAGUAGUCAGGAUCGUGUAGACAGUUUGCAGAACCACAGCUUGUCCCUUCUAUCAGAAAGGUUAACAUCAGACGAAUUGAGUUCUGAGAUUGAGAAUCUUCGUCAGCAGCUAGAAGAGGAGAGAGAUGCAAAAAAGAAGAAAGAAGAACUGAUAUUUAAUCUAAAAGAAGAGCUUGAUGAUCUCAAGCACAAGAAGCCUGGAGAAAUCAAGGCAUCUCUGGAGGAAGUGGACUCAGAGCUAAUGUUUGUGCGAGAAGAACUGCAGAAAGUCUGGGAAAUGUUGAAGACAAAAGAUACAGAACUUGAGGAACAGUAUCAGGAGCUGGAGUCUGCUCGAGGCCAGUACACAGAGUGCAGCACAGAAAAAAUGCGACUGGAGCAAGUUCUUGCCACCUUGCAGCAGCAGUUGACUGAGAAAGAGCAGACAAUGAAACAUCUCAAGCAAAUGAGAGAAAUGGAGAAAACUGAAAUGGAUAUUGAGAGGUCCUCAUUGCAACUGAAGCUGGCAGAGCUACAAGGACAAAAAGGAGAUGUCACAACUCAGGCUGGGCAGCCGAUAGAGGAGACUGGGCCUAAAUGGUGGCGUUCAAAGGGAAUGAAGGUUGUAGAGUCAUCAAAGAAAUGUAUUCGCUGUGAAGCAUUUUUGCAACAGUUGGAUGAGACAAUCAAGGGUUGCCAGGAACACAAUGCCGAGUUACAAGAAGAGAAGAACCAAACCUUGGCAUCCCUAUACCAGUUACAAGAAGUCCUAACAAACCUCUCAAAACAAUCAAAAGUAAAUGAACACGUGGCCCAGAGUCUACAGGCGGACAAUGACUCUCUGAAAAAACAACACAGACUGGUGACAGAACAGCUUAAAUGUCUGUUCAAAGAGAAAGAAUCUCUGGGAAAAGCCUACCAUAAGCUUCCAAAGAAGGAUAAGCCAACGGAGGACUGGAAUGUUCAGUCCAGAUUAGUAAAGAAUAUGCUGAGUUCUAUAAAAAGCCAUAAAAACCAGCAAGAAGAGCUAACAGAAGAGGCAGGCCAUCAACCAAUGGAAUUCGAUGCUGUGCAGAUGGAAACUAAUGAAAGAGACAUGAGGAACUUGCAAAGACAGCUUGAGGAAAAGUCUGAGCAGAUAUUGAAAAUGGCUUCAGAAAUGAAACUGUUACAAGAAAAAAAUGAGUCUUUAAUGAAAGCUAAGAUGCGUUUUCAACAACAAGUCCAGCAAAUUCGGAGCAUGCCACAUCUAAGUCAUCAAAGAGAAAAGACAGAUCCUACUGUACCACCUCUGUCUGGAGACAUCAACACCUCCUUUCACAAAAAGAAUGAGUUUUUGGCAGCAGAGAGCCAAGAUUGUUCUGGUAGAAUGCAGGGAACACCAACUUCAUUUCAGAGUGCCUCAGAGGGGUCCUGGACAUCAUCACCUCAAAACUCAAGACCUCCAACACCCAUCAACCAAAAGGUUAUGCCAUCUGCAUCUUUACUGAGAGUUCAGCUUCCUGGCACAGUGGGGAAACACUGGGUAAAAUCAAAAGUGGAAUCUCCUUUAAGCCCCAGAAGCCUAGCAGACAGUGAAGGUAACAGUGAUACUCCAGGGUCAGUUACUCCAAGGACUUCUGCAUUGCUGUCUCCCAGACCUUUCCAUUCACCAAAAUCGGCACAGGCCUUCAGAUAUGGAAAGAAUGUGCAACACACAAACAGCUAAAACUAUAUGUAAUCAUUUGGUGCAGUGCCAAAACACUAAACUUAGUGCCUCUGUAGCAGAUAUUAGGGUACUUAGAUCAGCUCCCCUGGCAUAAAUUGAAGGAAUAGGAGAAAUGUUUUUCCAAGACAGGAUAGAUUAUGAACAGCCUAUAACAAGAGAGACAGCAAAAGAGAAAGUAAGUUUAAGACAGGGGAUAAAACUAGAACCAGACUAUAUAAAGGAAAGCUAUUCAUGAAGUUUACCUGC